CGUCAUUGGAAUCAUUCCGGUUUUGCGUCGCCACGGUCGCCCUCCCUCAUCGUGGGAAAGAUAUUUCACUGAGCCCAUCUCCGGGCUGGAGCAUCUUUCAAUCAUACAUCACCCUUCCGUCAAACCAACCCUUCAACCGCACUCAAUCAAGGCCACAAUGUCGCCCUCAUCUAGAAAAAUUGCCAUUUUCUCGGACUUCGAUGGCACCAUCUUCAUGCAAGACACGGGCCAUGUCCUGUUUGAUAACCUAGGUUGCGGCGAAGAGCGCCGCCGGCUGCUUGAUGAACAGAUCAAGUCAGGCGAGCGCUCGUUUCGAGAAGUUUCUGAAGAGAUGUGGAGCUCACUACGAGUUCCUUUUGAAGAUGGUUUCCAGAUCAUGGAGAAGGAGCUAGAGAUCGACCCCGGCUUCCAAGAAUUUCACCAAUUUUGCGUGGCCAACAACAUUGACUUCAACGUUAUAAGUGCGGGACUUAAGCCGAUCCUCCGCAAAGUGCUGGACACUUUCCUUGGAGAGCAAGAGGCUUCUCGUAUCCAGAUUGUCGCCAAUGAUGCCGAGAUCAGAUCCGAUGGGUCCGAGUGGAAACCCAUCUGGCGGCAUGACACCGAACUCGGCCACGAUAAGGCGCUGUCCGUCAAGGAGGGCCGCGCUUUAGCGGCGGAAGGUGCUUUGGAUGGAGAAAUCCCUCUCAUCAUCUUCAUCGGAGACGGUGUGUCUGACCUUCCGGCUGCGCGAGAAGCAGACGUGCUCUUCGCCCGCAAGGGUUUGCGUUUAGAGGAAUACUGCAUCGAGAACCAUAUUCCCUAUAUUGGAUUUGACUCGUUUGUCGAUGUCAAGAAAGAAGUCGAAGCCAUUAUGAAAGAAGACCAGCAGAAGACUGGUGGCGUGGGCAAACCUGCCCGCUUCAACCCUCGUGCAAAUAUGUGGCGGCGUAUUUCCAGCAAGCAAGCUAUCCCCCAAUUUGUUGCCGCAACCCCCUCGCGGGAAGAAAAAAUGUUUCUCUGGCCUGAGAGCUUUUCGGAGUAUCAUCCGACAAGCCAGAUGAAUAACGUCCCCGCAUAG